AUGGCGAGACCCCAAGAUACGGCUUUAGCCCGAGUCUAUGCCCUCCUAAAGGUGCACAAAGUCGACGCUUCUCUCCGACCCAUCGUGACGCUAAAAGAGACUCCAACGUACGGACUGGCUAAGCGGCUGUUCCGGCGUCUUAAUUUCCUGACAGCUGAGUCAGAAACCACUGUCUCUUCGUCAGCACAAUUCCUGGACAAACUCAAAGGGGUAAGCAUCCAUCCAAAUGAGGUCAUGAUAUAUUUUGUUGUUACAUCCCUUUUUACUUAUAUUCCCCAGGACCUGCCGAUCGAGACAAUUGAGCUGCUACUACAAAGCAAAUACGAUGAAACUGAGAACCGUCUAGGACACACCCAAGUACUUCAGCUCUUGAAGGUCUGUCUCAUGACGUACUUCACUUUCGACGGGACAUUCUGCGAACAGGCGAAGGGCACAACAAUGGGUUCGCCGAUUUCGGGAUUCAUCGCCGAAGCGGUUCUGCAACGGUUAGAGUCGCUGAGCUUCCAACACGAUAGACCGAAAUUCUGGGCCCGGUAUGUGAAUGACACCUUCGUCGUCAUCGAACAGGAUCAGGUGUUGACAUUCCAGGAACAUCUCAACGGCAUCUUCCGAGAUACUCAAUUUACGAUGGAGGAGGAAGAGAACAAUCAGCGGGCCCUUCUGGAUGUCCUCGUAUGCCGCAAAGUUUGUGGUGGACUAAAAACCAAAGUGUUCAGGAAAGCGAUUAAUACGAUGCAAGUUCUGAACUUCAACUGUAACCACCCAACCAGCCACAAACGCAGUUGUGUAAGGACGCUCCAUCGGCGUGUCGAAACGCACUGCAGUGAGCCAGAAGACAAAAUUGCUGAACUACAAUACCUCCGACGGGUCUUCAAAGCCAAUGCCUACCCGCGCAACUUCGUCGACCGAUGCAUACGCAAAAGGGACGAAAGGCAUAACCGCACGCACACCAAAUCUUGCUGGGCUCUUCCGUAUGUCAAGAACGUUUCUGAAGCUGUCGGCCGCCUUCUCGUACCAAUAGGAGUUGAAGUUGCACAGAGACAAGAUGCAAUAAUCAGGCGUCUGGACAUGAAGUCGAAAGACCCACUGCCACGGCUAGAAACGGCUGGAGUGGUUUAUCGGAUCUGGUACAGUUGCGGACAAAGCAAAUACGUCGGACAAACCGGAAGACAGCUCCGAACGAGAAUGGCCGAACACGCGGCAGGGGUGCGCAGAAAUGACGCCAGCUCUCAAGUUGCGGCUCAUUCGACGAGAUCCGGCCACACAUUCCAAUUCGAUGAGACCGAAAUUCUAGCAAGAGUUGACAACCGCGUGAACCGGGAGCUAUUGAAAUCAUGGAUUACUGGCCCCCAGUCCAUCAACAAGUGCAACGAUAUUCCCACUCAAUACUCCGUGCUAAAACUUCGCAUAGGCCGAGUAAUAAGUCAUGCGGGGACCGCAGAUGUGAACACUUUUCCCAACACCGGGGUCGGUACGUCAGAUGGUCGAGCAUUCAUCACGCCAACAUCCAACGCAAGUGAUGAAAUUGCAGCAAUUAUCGACUCGACAGUCGGCCAUCAAGCAGUGAUCACACCAAGUGCGACGAUCCCGGAUGAAGGGGGGAGCCGUGAAUGUUCAAAAGUAUGCGGCAGCAUGGCUACUACAUCCUAUAAAUACCGCAGCCCCUUGUGCAACAACCACCCAUUUUUGCUUUUUUGUCUCUGAUGAUGGAUUUGAGCAGGAAUUGGAAACGCCAGGCUAAUGAAACUCUUGGCCCAUCGAUUGUGUCUCCUUCUUUAAAACAAUACUCAAAUUUCACAAAUAACCAUCUUUGCAGAAUUUGGCUCUGAUAUGUUGCUUUUAAUGAGGGAACGGUAUUCAAUUUCUAAGCAUUGUAAACGCUGAAUAACAUGUGGUAUUUACAGUCACGCUGAUUUUUGGUAUAUUUUUGCAGUUGCCAUCUACUUGCGAUGACUGCAAACUAUCGUCUCCGAAUGUGAUUCGCUUUCAAAAUUUUGCAUAUAUGUUUUCACCAGUGAGAUGGUUCUUAUAGUCAACAAACUUACCUUUAAUCAUAAAGAGAUCAAAUAUGCAACAGCGAAACGGGAAAUCAUGCAGAAUCAUUCUGCAUUGCAAAUCGAUCAUGUUGUUCGCAAAUCGUUGCCGCAUAAUUGAAAUCCUUAACAAUAAACAAUUCCGAAUGUUCUUAAUGGUCGUAGGUUGAUUUUCAGCGACUUGGUCAGUAGAUAGGUUUAGAGUACUGAGUGUCGUGCAGUAGACGGUCCUUACGAUCUAUGUCAAAUCUAGCGUCAUUUUGCAUGUGCUUAUGAAAUACUCAGGGAUUUUUUACUCUCUAAUCAGUGAGUAUAUCUUCAGAUAUCCUCUUUAUGUUGCCGUAACUUGCUAAUAUAUGUAACUUGGUGAUGCUUGACUGUAAGGCAUUCACAUCAUGCCUUUGACUAUUAGACCACUGCUUCCGACCGUGUACGUCAUGUGCUAAAGAAUAAGUUGAGUUUGCCACGGUGGCAUGUGAAUGAAUUAGUUUAUUAUUUAUUAGUUUAGUGUAGAUCUGCGCUGCUUAUACCGCACUCCUCCUCCCUUCCCCCUUCCUCACCCAAAAUCGUCAACAAGACAUAGUCAAGAAGACCGGAGGGGGGAGAGGUUGCAGCUGGCUGGUACGGUUGGACCUGCACCAAUGCGUACUACCAAACCCCUGAUACAAACAAAUACUUAACCAGAGUUCUAACCAACAGCAAGGUCACAGCGGGUCAGAGUGACGAUGAGGAUGACUGGGCGGCAUCAUAACGGCUUGCAGAUCCUGACACAGGAGAUGCUGACAAUUGAGAUUCGAAAAUGCAAGAGAUCGGCGUCCAAAAUCUGAGCAAUAUGAAGGGCUCAUCGGAUCAGUGGAGUUGAGUGGCUGAUGUAUCGGUGGGCUUAGUCGGCUCUCCAUUUUUAAAAGGGUUUUGUACAAAUAUUCGACUAGAAUUCUGCGUAAAAGGCCGAAUCUGUUGAAACUAGUCCGAUCGUUUUUAUUGUUUUGCUGCAUUCGCAUUCUGGCCAUUGUCUGAAAAUGUAGGCGUCCCCAGCCUUGUGUGUCUUGAGCUGAAUGCCAGUCUAAACCGCUUUGAGCGAAUUAAUGUACGAAUAAUGCCGGCGUAUCUUGCUAACAUAUGUAACUUGGUGAGGUUUGAUUGUAAGGCAUUCACAUCAUGCCUUUGACUAUUGGACCACCACUGCCGACCUGUGGGCUUGAUCGGCUCUCCCUUUUUAAAGGGAUUUGUGCAAAAUGUCGACUAACAUUUUCCGUAAACAGCCCAAUCCGUUAAACAUAGCCCGACCGUUUUUUAGUAAUUAGCUGUCCUUGCCUUCUUGCCGUUGUCUGUUAAGGUAGGCGGCCCCAGCCUUGUGUGUUUUAAGCUGAAUGCCGGUCUACUGUAUUUGUACACCUCUUUGAGCGAAUUAGUCGACGGAACGUGCAUAUCUGGCAUGAUUAAGCUGUCUAUGGCCGUCUUUUUUGGUCCUGAUGAAUGUACUGACGUAGGACUUUAUGGGCAGCAGGAAGGUUCGAAUGCGUGUUGAUAGAGGUGGCAUCUAAAUGCCAAAUAGCAAUUGUUAGACCGUUUCAAAUUGAAGUGCCCUACAAUGAUAGAGUUUGCGAUGUGACGGGAUAGUGAAUUAAAUGUGCGAUGAGUGCCAGCGUGGCGUAUCGGAUGAUCGUACCUUCGUCAGAAGCCGGAGGCAGAUCCUACAGUUGGAGUCACGAAGCCCCUGUGCAAGAGACAGAACCAAUACGGCAUUCUUUGGCAGCAAUUUCAAUGAAGACUUUUCGAGGACUGAAUGCGUAACGCAGAUGACUAAUUCAAAUUCAAGAUGGUCUACACCUGAGAUUGGGUGUAGCAGGCUGAUAACGCAAAUGUUCUCUUUUGCACUCUAAGAACCUUCUGUGCUAAAUUAGGAUUAAACCUACUCCUGCGAUCACAGCAUAUGGAGUGCACGUGUGUGUGUUGUGCACGUAUUUCUACAUCGCGCUGUUCGAAUUCAUAUGGGUAGUACUUUUGACCUCCGUCAAACCCACGAACUGUCGUGUGUAUUAAUUUGAAUAAAGAGAUAUCAUCUGCUUCGUAGUUCAUAUGCAGGCUUCAAACGGCUUCUGAAGGUCUCUGUUUAGUGGUUUUGUCAGUUGGCUGCAGGUGCAUUUUCGUGUAUGUUAGUAUAAAAGUAUAAAGCAGUUUGUUUGACAUAUCCACAACAUGUUCACCUAUCUGAAUGCCUAGUGUUUUUUGAGAAAAAAUCUGAAGUAAACGGUGAAUCACAAGUAACUUCAUUACGAAAUCAGAUCCCGUCAAGUCAGAAUUUUGCACCCUUUAACAAGACAUAGAGAGAGAGAGAUAACAUGUCAUUCUGUUUAGGGCAGGUGACAAUGGGGUAACAUGCACAUAUAUCCGCAGGUAUAUGCGCAGAUUGUGAUAAACAGCAGAGAUAAAGUUGACAUGAUUGACCAUAUCUGGGUGAGAUGUGUUGGUAAGAUAUGGCUAUGCAGUCGCACCAGACGGACACAACACGGUCGACAGAACCUGAUCGGUAAUCGCCCAUCUGUCAUAUGUACAUUGCUAAGAGAAGUGCAGAUGUGCGUCGCCGGACAUUAAUGAGAAGUAAGGCGAUCUCGGGAACCAUGGUUUUACUGUUCUGAGGUUUAAAAAGCCAGCAACCUUCCAGCGUCGGAGGUGAGGGUGGUAUUGGGGAAAGAGGCAAACAACUACAGAACCGUGUUGGAGAACACAUGUUGACAGUAAGGCGAAUGGACCCUUUGUCUCUGGUGGCCGAACACUGCGCCAAUUCCGGACACACGUUCGCCUUUCAGCACGCCAAAUUUCUAGGCCGGCGAAACCGCCGUAUGUCCAGGGAAACAAUCGAGACUUGGCACGCGGGGAGAACCCCCAUCAACCGUUUUGUGGCUCUUGACGCUGCCUACCAUGCCCUUCGGACGCAGCGCAGUAAACAUAUGAGCAGACGUGCAGCCAGGCUAAACAUGAAUCCAGACAUGAGCGAGUCCAUUCCGGAUACACAUUCAGCCACCUCUCAACCAGGUUCCGACGAAGGCGCAGAGCUCACCACAGCCGGUCCAUCUACUAGUCCGUUGGACGAGAAAACGGACAGCCGUUGCGGCGUAAACAAGAUUGCCAGGCUUGGACGUCAGCAACGGUCAACAACGGUACGAACGACGGCAACGGCUGCACCGGCCGCCGAUGAAGAUUAA